AUGAGCAAGCCAACGCCUAGAAAGUCGCGGCACAACCGCCAUCCCUCAAAUCGCAUCCCCGCCAUAUCCGACUACGAAUCCGACGCCGCAAUCACAACAUCCAGAUACGAGGCCCCGCCGCCGCGAACCAACACCGAGCUCAACCUAUCCGUCCUACAGCGCUAUUUACCGUCCAUAAGCAGGAUCUUGAGCAUCGCUGCUAACGCUGUGGUCUACACAUUCGAUAACGCAAGCCAAGGCUGGGAGAAAUCCGGCAUCGAGGGCACCAUGUUUGUUUGCGCGCAGACGCCACUGCCAGAGGACCCUGACCACCGCCCUCGGGCUUGUGUCUUUGUUCUAAGCCGUCGUGGUCUUGACAACGUAAUCGUCGAUUUGGCGAGGGUGGGCCAUGUUGAAAUAGCGGGGGAGCUGGUGAUUCUCAAAGUCGAAGGUCAUCGGGAAGAGGGCGAGAAGGUCGUUGGACUGUGGAUCCACAACGACGAGGAGGGAACGAGGGCUACGAACGGAGCCAUCAUCGAAGAGAGCUGGAAGAUUGCCCGUGCUGCGGGGACUGUAUCAAAUGAAGGCCCAAGGCCAGAGGCUGGUCCGGCAAUGCAGGCUAUUGGCCGUCCUCUAACGCUCAACGAGCUAUUUGGGAGACAACAGGCGGCUGGGGGGAGCUGA